GCCAUGGAAACUGCAGCCGAGGAAAAUACUGAACAAAGCCAAGAGAGAAAAGUGAACAGCAGAGCUGAAAUGGAAAUUGGCAGGUACCACUGGAUGUACCCAGGCUCAAAGAACCACCAGUACCGUCCCGUGCCAACCCUGGGGGACAGGGCUAGCCUCUUGAGCAGUCCAGGCUGCUUCGAAUGCUGCAUCAAGUGUCUGGGAGGAGUCCCCUACGCCUCCCUGGUGGCCACCAUCCUCUGCUUCUCCGGGGUCGCCCUGUUCUGCGGCUGUGGGCACGUGGCUCUCGCGGGCACCGUGGCGCUCCUCGAGCAACACUUCUCCACCAACACCAGUGACCACGCCCUGCUGAGUGAGGUCAUACAACUGAUGCAGUAUGUCAUCUAUGGAAUUGCGUCCUUUUUCUUCUUGUACGGGAUCAUUCUGCUGGCAGAAGGCUUCUACACCACGAGCGCAGUGAAAGAGUUGCACGGGGAGUUUAAAACAACCGCCUGUGGCCGCUGCAUCAGUGGGAUGUUCGUCUUCCUCACCUAUGUGCUGGGAGUGGCCUGGCUGGGCGUGUUUGGUUUCUCUGCGGUGCCCGUGUUUAUGUUCUACAACAUAUGGUCAACCUGUGAAGUCAUCAAGUCCCCCCAGACCAAUGGGACAGCCGGGGUGGAGCAGAUCUGCGUGGACAUCCGACAAUACGGUAUCAUUCCUUGGAACGCUUUCCCGGGCAGAAUAUGUGGCUCGGCCCUGGAGAACAUCUGCAACACCAAUGAGUUCUACAUGUCCUAUCACCUGUUCAUCGUGGCCUGUGCCGGAGCUGGCGCCACCGUCAUUGCCUUGAUCCACUUCCUCAUGAUACUGUCUUCUAACUGGGCUUACUUAAAGGAUGCGAGCAAAAUGCAGGCUUACCAGGAUAUCAAAGCAAAGGAAGAACAGGAACUGCAAGAUAUCCAGUCUCGGUCAAAAGAACAACUCAAUUCUUACACAUAAAUGUUUGCCAGAGGGUCUCAGCCAACGAAUUUACAGCUCUGACCAAUCAUCAGACAGACAGCUGCUCUGCAGUACCGAUGUGUACCCCACCAAACAAACUCGUAGAAGCCCAAACAAACACUUCACUGUCGGUCUCAAGCUGCUGGGAUGUAUUUCUAGGAAAACCUUCCAGUAGGUCCAUCUUUCUUUUUCUUUAGAACAGAUAGUGGAGGUUUCAUGGGAGCCAUUUUAAAAGGCAACACACUUUGGCAAAAGGAGUGCUCAUCAUGCGUUUGAAAAUCUGUGGCACGUUCACGAUCCUACCAAGACAGGCUGUGAGAA